UCUUCUCUGUAUAUUGUAAAACCUCUGCGCUGCAGACAAUUUCUGGUUGGAUUCUAAUCUGUUCUUGUUCGUAGCCGUCGAACUUCUGCUAUUCAAUUCAAUCAAACUUUGCAAUCGAAAUGAAUGGAGGGCAUGGAAACAGCGAUUUAGGUCAGCUUCAAGCCACUAUGCAAGCAAUCGAAAUUGCUUGCAGCUCUAUUCAGAUUAAUGUAAAUCCAUUAGCUGCUGAGGCAACUAUAUUAUCCCUAUGCCAGUCCCCUCGGCCAUACCAGGCAUGCCAGUUUAUCAUUGAAAAUUCUCAACUGGCAAAUGCAAGGUUUCAAGCAGCCGGAGCAAUUCGAGAUGCAGCUAUACGAGAAUGGUCAUUUCUUUCACCUGAUGAGAAAAAAAGCUUGAUUAGUUUUUGCUUGACCUAUGUAAUGAAACAUGCAAGUUCACCGGACGGCUAUGUUCAAUCAAAAAUUUCCUCCGUUGCAGCUCAAUUACUGAAAAGGGGUUGGCUAGAAUUCGUUGCUGCAGAGAGGGAUGGGUUUUUCUCUGAGAUACAACUGGCUAUAGUCGGUAACCAUGGACUAGAUGUGCAGUUUACUGGAAUCAAUUUCCUUGAGUCAUUGGUGUCUGAAUUUUCUCCAUCUACGUCUACUGCUCUGGGCCUUCCUAGGGAGUUCCAUGAGCAAUGUCGAACAUCUUUGGAGCAUGAUUAUCUGAAGACGUUUUAUUGUUGGGCAAUGGAGGCUGCCCAAAGUGUUACAACUGCAAUUAUAAAUUCUGAUACUGCUAUCUCAGAAGCAAGAGUUUGUUCAACAGCACUUCGUUUCAUGCUCCAAGUUCUUAACUGGGACUUUAGUAACAGUGGCAGAGUUGUGAAGAACAGUAUAGACGUUUUUUCCUUUGUUGCUAAAGAAGAUAGUAACUCAGCUUAUACACUGGUCCAGCCUGGUCCUUCAUGGCGUGAUAUUUUGAUCACAAGUGCUCACACAGGGUGGGUUUUGGGCUUGUAUGGUGUCCUGAGGGAGAAAUUCUCAUGUAAAGGUUACUGGAUUGACUGUCCUCUUGCAGUUUCUGCUCGAAAAGUCAUAGUACAGCUUUGUUCGCUGACAGGAACUAUAUUUCCAUCUGAUGCUGGUCAUUCACAAGGCAAGCAUCUUCUGCAACUGAUAUCUGGAAUCAUACAAUGGAUUGAUCCUCCUGAUGUUGUUGCCAAAGCAAUUGAAUGUGGAAGAAGUGAAAGUGAGCUGCUUGAUGGCUGUCGUGGACUGUUAUCCAUAGCUGCUGUUACCAACCCUGUUAGUUUUGAUGAGCUCUUGAAGCACAUAAGGCCUUUUGGCACACUCAGUCUGUUGUCUGCCUUAAUGUGUGAAGUUGUUAAAGACCUUAUGAUCAAGGAUUUGGAUGAAGAGCCGUGGAGUUGGGUUGCACGUGAUAUCUUACUAGAUACCUGGACAACGCUUUUGACGGAGGCGAACAGUCCGGGUUUGAAAUUAUUGCUUCCACCAGAAGGGAUAAAUGCUGCUGCCAAUCUUUUUGUCCUAAUUGUAGAAUCAGAACUAAAGGCUGCAUCAGCCAGUGAAGAGAAAGAAGACUACUUUCAAGCUUCUGUAGCUGCUAUGGAUGAGAGAUUGAGCUCUUAUGCGCUUAUUGCACGAGCUGCUAUAGACGUGACAAUCCCUUUUCUUACUGGACUUCUCUCUGAGCGUUUUGCAAGGCUUCAUCAGGGAAGUGCUAUAAAUGAUCCAACUACAACAAUGGAAGAGCUUUAUUCACUUCUGUUGAUAACUGGUCAUGUAUUGGCAGAUGAAGGAGAGGGAGAAACACCCUUGAUACCAAUGGCUAUUGAAACACGUUUUUCAGAGUAUGUGGAAACAGACAAGCAUCCAGUAGUUAUACUUUCUUGGUCUAUCAUAAAGUUUGCCGAGCAGAGUUUAGAUCCAAAUAUGAGAGCAGCUUUCUUCAGCCCUCGGCUUAUGGAGGCAAUUAUGUGGUUCCUUGCCCGAUGGUCCAGUACAUAUUUGAUGAUAAUUGGGGAAAUGCAAAGUUAUAGAAACUCCAUAGAUGAGGUUACCUUGCUUCAGAUGCAGCAGUCCAGAAAAGCGUUGCUCAGUUUUUCUGCAGAGUAUACUCAGGGAAAGAUGUUGCUUGACAUUAUUGUCCGAAUAUCCUUGACAACACUGAUUUCAUAUUCUGGGGAAAAGGAUUUGCAGGCACUCACAUGUUACCAGUUGCUUGGUGGAGUUGUCCGGCGGAAAAAUAUUUGUGCAUACCUUGUCACCUUGGACUCAUGGCGUGAACUAGCACAUUGUUUUACCAAUGAAAGAGUGCUAUUCUCAUUAAAUGCUAGUCACCAGCGUUCCCUGGCUCAGACCCUUGUUCUUUCAGCUUCUGGCAUAAGAGACUCAGUGGAAGCAAAUAAGUACAUAAGGGAUCUCACAAGUCAUAUGACUAUUUAUCUUAAUGAUAUAUGUGGAAAGAAAGAUAUCAAGAGUCUUUCUCAAAAACCAGAUGUUAUUCUCGUGGUUACUUGCUUAUUGGAGCGACUUCGAGGGGCUUCCAGUGCUUCUGAACCACGGACACAGAAGGCAGUAUAUGAGAUGGGAUUUUCUGUGAUGCAGUCAAUUCUUAAACUUAUUGAGGUUUACAAGGAUGAGUCUGCAGUUGUCUAUCUGUUACUUAAGCUUGUUGUUGACUGGGUGGAGGGGCAAAUCAUAUACCUAGAGCCUCAUGAGACUGCAUUGGUUAUUGACUUCUGUAUGCAUCUGCUUCAGCUUUACUCUUCCCACAACAUUGGCAAGAUAUCUGUAAGCGUUUCAAGCAGUUUACUGAGUGAAGCAAAUGAUGAAAAAUACAAGGAUUUACGUGCUCUACUGCAGCUGCUUCAAAAACUAUGCACAAAAGAUAUGGUUGAUGUUUCAUCAGCUACUAGUGAAGAUCAGCAAACAAGCAUUUCUCAGGUCAUGAUUCUUUUGUCUCUUGUGCCCGAAUCAAGACUUUGUGAUAUGGAGCUGGAAGUAAAGCAGUGAUAGAUUGACUAAUUUGACAGCAGCAGUAGGUUGCAACGAAGGUCCUUUUUUGGUAGUUGAUUACUUUUCUUAGUGCUAAGUCAGCUUGAUUUUCUUGUUAUGGAUGAAAGAACUUGCAUGAAUACUAAGAGAUUAUGUACAGGAAAUUUCUUGAUUAGAUUUCUUAGAUUAUUUACUUAAAUAGUUGCAGAUGAGGGAGACCUUUUGUUCAUAUAGGUUAUAUAGGAGUGUUUAUAUCCUAAAGAGCAAUGUAAUACGGGCACCUCUUAAGCUACGUGCAUUCUAGUUACAAGGAGCUUCUAAGUUAUUGUACAAAAUAUUGAAGAACCCAUCUAAAUAUCAGUAGUGUUUCACCUUAGAUCAAUGGUCCCCGUUUCCAUUGAAUGUCAAUUAUGUCUUUCCAUGACAGGAAAGACCCGUUUCCCUUGAAUGUGGCGUAAAGACAAAAGUAAGUCACAUGUCAAUGUUAUCGAGUUUCACCUUAGAUCGAUGGUCCCUGUAUACGACUCUUUUGAGUUCCGCUACAACACCCUAAAAUGAUCCUAGUGCAUACUCGUUCUCUAGAUGAGUUUCACCCAAAAAGCCAAUGGUCCCCGUAUACAACUCUAUGGGCACUGCCGCAAGACCCCCAAUGCUCCCCGUAUAUGACUCCAUGAGUACCACCACAAGACCCUAACAUUAACUCGGUUCAUGCUCAUUUAGGUUCAAAUGUGAGAACAUUAAAACUUCUCACUUACCAACAACAAGUGACCCUUACACACAUGGAUUCAAAGUGACACAAUCACCAUUUUCGUGAUUUAAAACUUAGAAGAUUAAAUCAAUCCCAAUGACAUGUAUUUUUAAGUAAUUAUGCAAACAUAUGGAUAAAUUGUCCAAGUAACAAUGAACAAUCAAAGUUGGGUAAAAUCCCAAAUAAUGGUGCAACAUAUGCAAUUUAAUAUUCAAAUGUAAUCAUCGAACAAUCAAAGUUGGUAAACUCCCAAAACUCAAUUAAACAAUGUUCAAUUAAUCAAAGUCAACAACUUAUAAGACAAGUUUCAAUACUAAGAAACGAGUUAGGGUUGAACGUCAAAGGUUUUCAUAUGUUUCCUAUUGCUUCACAAAACACAAUAGCACAUCUAUUUAUACAAGUGAUGGAGAAUCCUUUCCAUAUCUUUCUGAAAUAACUAUGGAAAGGAUAGGAACAAUCUUUUAAAUUAAAGAAUACUUGAAAUUAGGAAUAACUCCCUAAUUUACUUGAUCCACAAGAUCUUUCAUAUGAUUAAGGAAAUCUCCAGAGAAUCUUCACUCCUCCCGCAAGUUAGGUAUGGAGGUCGAUCAUAUCCAACUUGUUUAUCAUCUUCGAGAACACAGAUGGUACGAAUCAUAAACUAUUUUGAAAAACAUAAGACUUCUCCAAUAGCUCUAGAACGUGAGAGUGCCUUCCUCGUAGAACACUUGUCAGGUGGUGCAGGAACCAGCAGUUGCCAACUGGUAGUCUAUUAGACACAUGGUUGGCCCAGCCUCAGUCCAUAUGGAUGACCCGAGACAAUGGGCACCCUAAUUAUAGGUAAUGUAAUUGUGUAAAAAAAUAAAAUAGAAGUUAUAAAUAUAAAAAACUCUGUAGAUGCCAGUCUUAUUUAUAUUUCCUACAAUUACUCAUCAUGAUACCUCAUGAGAAAUACUCAUUUUCCCGCUCACCUUGAUCUAAAUUAGGCGACUGCAAAGUAAUGCCUACAUCCAACUCAACUUGGUUAUUGGGCUGUUCAGUUGAACUGUUAGCAUGUAUUUCCGCUUCAUUAAAUAACAUCCCAGUGUCAUUAUCCCGUACGUCUUUUACUGGACACCUGUGAUUUUCAUCAUACUAAAAACAAAACCACUAACUUUCUUGUCUGCGUGCAGGUUAUAUAUGUUGGGGUUCACAUUGUUAGCCCUCUGAUUACAA